CAGUACCAUCAACGUCAUCUAGAAAUUGCUAAAGAAGUAGGAGACAAGGCUGGAGAGGGAAGAAGUUACGGCAAUCUGGGCAACGCUUAUCAAGGUCUAGGACAGUUCAAAACAGCCAUCCAAUACCAUCAACGCGAUCUAGAAAUUGCUAAAGAAGUGGGAGACACGGCCGGAGAGGGAGUCAGUUAUGGCAAUCUCGGCAACGCUUAUAACAGUCUAGGACAGUUCAAAACAGCCAUCCAGUACCAUCAACGUGAUCUAAAAAUUGCUAAAGAAGUGGGAGACAAGGUUGGAGAGGGGAGAAGUUAUGGCAAUCUCGGCAACGCCUCUGAAGGUCUAGGACAGUUCAAAACAGCCAUCCAGUACCAUCAACGUGAUCUAGAAAUUGCUAAAGAAGUGGGAGACAAGGCCGGAGAGGGAAUCAGUUAUGGCAAUCUCGGCAAUGCUUAUAAAGGUCUACGACAGUUCAAAACAGCCAUCCAGUACCAUCAACGUCAUCUAGAAAUUGCUAAAGAAGUGGGAGACAAGGCCGGAGAGGGAAGAAGUUAUGGCAAUCUCGGCAAUGCUUAUCAAGGUCUACAACAGUUCAAAACAGCCAUCCCGUACCAUCAACGUGGUCUAGAAAUUGCUAAAGAAGUGGGAGACAAGGCCGGAGAGGGAAGAAGCUAUUGCUCUCUCGGCAGUAUUCAUUGGGCUCAAAGAGAGUUGAAGACAGCUUUUGAGUGUUUUCAACGUCACCUAGAAAUAUCCAAAGAAGUGGGAGAUAAGACUGGAGAGGCGUGCUCACUCUGUUCCCUUGGAAUCAGUUUUGAGUGCGAAGGAAAUCUUAUGAUGGCCUUUGACUGUUAUUACUCGAGUGUAGAAUUGUAUGAUGAUAUCAGGGCCAGUCUUCAACUCAACGAUCAGUGGAAGAUUUGUUAUCGUAAUUUACACCAAGGAGCAUACAAAGGUUUGUGGCGUAUAAAUCUCAAGCGAGGUCAAGUUGUGAAGGCCCUUCUUGCCACAGAGAAAGGGCGUGCUCAAGCUCUGAGAGAUCUCAUGGUCACAAAAUAUCAGCCUGAAGAUUCUUUAACCCCUAGAGCAUCCCGCAUUUCUCUGAGGUGGGUUCCAUUGAGCACAGUUUUCAUA